AUGGCUGACGAAAAACGUAUUGAAGAGUCCAAUGCGGUCGCGCCGGCUUCCGCUGCCGUCGCCGACCCCACGCCGGCAGAUGUUGAGACCGCCAGGGCCAUGCCCCCGACUGCCGAUGUUAGCGGCGCAACCAAAAUUCGGGGUGGCGAUGAAGCUCUCGCCAUGGUUGGCGAGCAGCAGCAUAGCUAUGAUCCAGCCGUUGCGGCGCGUGCUGUGCGUAAGAUUGAUUGGUUUCUCAUGCCUGCCAUGAUCUUUGGCUAUGGACUCGUCUACUACGACAAGGCCAUCUUGGGAUCGGCUGUCCUGUUUGGCAUGACAAAGGACCUCAAGCUCUCGAUUGUCGUCGACGCCACCACGACACCUCCCACCAUGGACACGACUCGCAUGUCUUGGGCGACCUCGCUCUUCUACUUUGGCAUGCUCGGUGGCCUGUACCCCAUGACAUAUGCCCUUCAGCGCUUCGACAUUGGUCGCAUCCUCGGAGGCAUCGUCAUUCUCUGGGCUGGCAUCUGCAUGCUGACGGCGGCCGUCGUCGAUUACAAAGGUCUCUACGUCCAGCGCUUCUUCCUUGGCUUUGUCGAGUCUAUCAUCCCCACGGGCUUCAUGUGCAUCGUCUCUGGCUACUACACGCAAAAGGAACAAUCCAUGCGCCAGAGCUGGUGGUUUUCCUCCACUGGUCUGUUCACCAUUCUCGGCGGUGCCCUCAACUACGGCUUUGCCCAGAUCACUGGUGGGGCACUCACCCGAUGGCAGUACAUCUACCUCCUCGCGGGAUGCCUCACGUUCCUCUUUGGCAUCUUCUGCUUCUUCAUGCCCAACUCACCUGUCAAUGCCUGGUUUCUGACGCCAGAGGAGCGAUUCGCUGCCGUCGAGCGCCUCCGCUACGGCCAGACCGGUGUUCGCUGCACGACCUUCAAGUUCUCCCAGGUCAAGGAGGCCAUCCUCGACAUUAAGGUCUGGCUCGUGGCCAUCAUGAUGGCGUCAGUCUACACCAUGAACGGCGCUGUCUCGGGCUUCGGUCCUCUCAUCGUUUCUACGUUCGGCUGGACGGCCCGCGAGUCCAUCUUGUUCCAGUUCCCCGCUCGGGCCCUCUGCUUCAUCAGCAGGCCCGACCACUACCCCGAGCUCUGGACCGGCCUCAUCGUCUGCUACGUCAUUUGCAUCCUCGCCGCCGUUGCCCUGUACUUUGUCCUGCGCAGGGAGAAUGCCAAGCGGGAGGGCCAGGCGGUUGACGAGGAGGAGCGCGCCAAGCUUGCUUUCCAGGACCUGACGGACAAGGAGAACCCGUACUUCCGCUACGUCAUGUGA